AUGACAUUUAUUGACAUUAGAUAAUUUGAAUGGAAAAGAGAAAUGAGAAUUCUUAUUCUGCUUUAAUAAAGGCAUUAGAAUAUUGGAGUGAUGUUUCAAAAGCUCACACUAAAUGGAUAAGUUUUUGGAGUAUGCUUAGAAUUUAUAAAUAUUAUCAAUUCUAUGGUCCAAUUCCAUAUUGAGUUAGUUUCUCAUCAAACCCAGGACUUUCAUAUGGUAGUCAUCAAAACCACAAAUUCAAUCAUAAAUAGCAAGUUCUAUGGGUUGAUUGUACCUAUACUUUCUUGGCUUGGUAAAGGGUUCCAAAAACUCAUGCAGUCUCAAAGGUAUGCGAUAAAUGGAUUAAAACAUUUUUAAAUCAUAACUCAAAAAAAUUUAAUAUCAAUAUAUAGCCAACCUUAAAGUAGUUAACAUGAGUAAUACCUUUUUAUAAAUUUAGUGUUCCUUCUGAAAAAGUCUUCAUUUUGAUUUCCGAUACAGUUCCAAUAUUCUUUAUUGCUUAGGAUGAUUGUAAUUACUGGAAGAAUGAUAAAAUUCCUUAUACAACAGAUAUUUAAGAUAAAGAUGGCUACACUGAAUUUUUUAAGAAGGUUUCAAUAAAAUAUUCACAUGAGCAAGGUAAAGAGGAUAUAUGAUGAGCAAAGAUGCUCCAAAAUUUAAGAGCUUGGAUGAUAUGAAAAGGUUCACUAGUUACAUGAUUAUAAAAUUGAUGAAAUCGAGGUAAAGAUCCUGGAAAUGCCAUUUGAAAUAGAUUAUAUUUAUACAAAGCGAUGAAUAGUGCCAUUUUGGACUAAUCCACGAAUUCAAAGAUUGA